AAACUGUAGACUCUAGACAGAUAGUCCUGCAUCACAUGUCCACAUUGUUUACAAGGCAUGCAAAUUGGGAAUGAUAAAAUCUGGAAAGGAUGAACAAAGCAAAAAGAUGCAUAAGAGGAGCAAAUUACCCGGAAUAACGUGUUGCUCGCAGUACCGGUGCUAAAAGGGUUGAGAACUGUUGUGGUGUAGUGACGGCGGUUCUGUCCCCUUUGUGGCCACGCAUUUGCAUGGAACUAUAUAUUUGGAUCUACUUGGGGCAUUAGCAGGGAAAAGCUGCUUACUAGUCAAUCAUCCUUUCUAAUGACCUUCUAAACCUUUAAGUGUUGUAUAUAUAUAUAUAUUUAUUUAAACAUUAUAAAGUUUGUUCAAGGGCGGUAAGGUGUGACCUUUCUGAAAACAGCUUACCUCAUGGGUUUUCGAUGGUUUGGGCAAUCUCCGGUGAGUAUCAUCAAGCCCUGGCCUCGCCACGCCUGCCCCCCAGAAUUGCCAGCCUGUGAGGCCUUGCAAGGCUUUGUACAUGAAGAGACCUUCGUGAUCAAUUCCAUCAAAGGACGUGACCAGGUGAUUCGCGGUGUGCCAGUGGCAGGUGUUGAUGAGAACGGCCACGGGACCAUCCACUUGCACGUGCGCAGGGACAAACAAAACUAUGAGUUUAGCUUUGCACGUGCACUGCCGGGAGAGAAACUCAACUUGAUCGUCACCCACGUGACCAAGAAUCGCUUGAAAAAGAAAGAGAUUGCAAAUUUUCAUCUUGCAAUUGAUGAGCGCUGCUCUGCUUCAAUUGAGGAGGUGACGCCACGGUGCCAGCACUUUGCAGAGAAAUGUGGUGGUUGCUCCUUUCAAAAUUUGAAGUACGAGGCUCAAUUGCGAGAGAAGUUCGAGCUUCUGAAAAUGCGAUUGAAGGAGUACGAAGUCCAAGUACCAAGGGCUCCCGUUGAUCCACCAGUACCAAGUCCUCCUUUUGGCUGGCAUGCGCGCACGGAGUUUCGCGUUUUUCUUCGGGAUGGCUUGCAGAUGGGUCUUCAUCCAGAAGGCAGUCCGGUGCCCGUCCCUUUGUCCCGAUGUCAUUUACACCCAGAAGCUGCACAUGAAGCCUUUCAGGCUUUGCUGACUGCUUUGCGAGCUGCCAAGUGCACACCCUUUGAUGAACGGACCGGCCGUGGGUGGUUGCGCCAUGUGGUGCUUCGCUCAGCUCACGCCGCAGGACUGGUGGAAUCUUUGGCCACCUUGGUAACUGUUGGGGAGCCCCCUCGUGAAGUCUUGAACCGUGUAGCAGUGGUGGCCAUGCAAAAUGCUCCACGACUGGUGGGAGUGACAUGGUCAACGGAGGGUGAGGAAAGCUUGAAAUCCCCUGGCUGGCGCAGCGUCGGACAGCAAAGUCACAAAGUGCUGGCCGGAAGGUCCUAUUUGAUGCAUGAUGUAGUGGGGAUGAAGCUAAAGAUCUCCUCCGAAGCUUUCUUCCGGCCGAACAUAUUCCUAGCGGAGACCUUGAUUCAAACGGUCUUGGAGAUGAGCGCUGUUCAACCUGGCGAUGUAGUCUGGGACACCUUCUGCGGUCAAGGGCUUUUUACUUCAGCUUUCUUGCAAAUGCAUCGGGACCUUCAGAUGGUGUGCAUCGACCGGUCGCUGCCAGCGCUUCAGAAGCUCCAGCAGAAUUUGGCCGAGUGGGGCCACGCGAGCUCCGCAGAGGUCUUGCACGGCGACUUGGGAAUUCCUGCGUAUUUGCACCGGCUGACCGCCGCGCUCCCAGACCAACAUCGAAAAGGAGAGUUGGAUGAGGCCGACGAGGCACAUGAGGCCGACUUGAAUUUCGAGGAUGAGGUGGAAGAAGCUGACAUACCCUUCCAUGACACACCCUUCCAGGAGAAAGUUCCUGCCUCCUUGCCAGCACCUCAAAUCCUUUUAGUUGACCCUGGGCGCAAUGGCAUGCCCAAGCCAUUUCGACGACACUUGCUUGACCUAGAGGUGGCUCGGGUUGUCUACAUCAGCAGUGGGCGAGCGCUCCUGCGAGACUUGGCUUACCUGACAUCACGUGGAUACAAACUCGAAGAGAUCAAGUGCUUUGAUCUCCAACCGCACACGGCAAAGUCUCUCGAGGUAGUCGCACAUCUUGAGUGGACAGGGAUUGGCUAAACUGUGCCCAGAA